UUCUGUCGCAGGAGGUGGAACUCGAACGACGCCAUCAUUGCGAGGAAGAGUAGUUAGUGGUCGAUGAGCCGAGACAAUGAUAUGUCCGCCGCGCCUUCAGAUGCAUCUGUCAAUGGCGUCGCUACCCAAGCUGACAUGCCACAUCCGGUGGUGCCUGUCGUGGAAGAAGAGGUGUUUGAAAUGCAGUCGCUGCAUCCGUACAAGCUGCGGUGGCGUGAGUCGUCACGUCCGUGGUGCGACCGAUGCGGCGGAGACCCGUCGUCUCCAUAUUUUAUCCUUCCCUUGCCUUUUGAUCCCACAUCUACGAGCAAGGACGACGACUGCGGCGUAAAGCGGGGGUGGACGUGGCAGUCACGGUGGACCAUCGACAGGCUGUACACACCUUGCGACGAGGAAGGGUGGACGUAUGGCAUGAGCAUCACAGCCAUGAACAAGCAUUUGGCCGACGGCACGUAUCGCGUGAAACCGCGGCCGUACGACAUCCUUCGUCGGCGAAGGUGGGUCCGACGUCGCGCUCGGAGUCAGGCGGCGGCGGCAGAUGGCGCCGUCGACGAGGGCGACAAAACACGAUUCUACCGCGUCUUGCGCUUGGACUCGGCACUGUCGCACAUCAUGCACGGCCGGGCCACUCCCCUCCAGCAAAUGCACAAUUUGAAGUUCCACCCCGACGACAUUGUCAUGGAGGGAUGGCUCGGCAAGUACGGCUCGUUCACACACAACUGGAAACUUCGGUACUUUUUACUACGGCGCGAUACCAAUACCCUCGUGUACCUGCAGGACACGUCGUCGCUGCUGCAGCUCGGCCAAGUUCCCAUCACCACUCACACAGCCGUGGAAGUGCUGCCCCCUGCUAGCUCUACUUCUCACCAUCAGUUUGCGUUUGAACUGGUCAACGGUGCACGCCGGUGGCGACUCAACGCGCCGACAGAGGCCAUCAAGAUGCAAUGGGUGAAUGCUAUCCACGACAUAAUGUUUCAGCGGCAGCCUCCAUACUCGCUGCAAUGCGCGCCCAUGCACCGCACUCGGCCUGACUACCAAACAUCAUGCGUCCUCCCCCAAUUGAUGGCGCUGGAAACCGUGUGGGAAAGCGCAGUGUCGUUUAUCCGGUCGACCUUUGACGACCUCCUCAGCCACUCCGCACCUGCCAACACCGCCGCCGCCGACCACUCGGUGCUGCUGUCCAAGAACCUUCCGUCCCCCGCCGCCCCUUCCUCCGAGCUCGUGGCGUUUCGCCAUCAAGUCGAGGCGACGCUACACACGUUACAUCAACAGUACAUCGCGCCAUUGAAAUCCACGACGAACCUGACGCUCUUGAGCAUCAAUCAAGCCAAAGACGACGCGUACAACGGAUGUCUGGCGCUGGUCGAGUCGAUCCUAUCGUUUCAACCGCCCAGUUCCAAGACCGUACUGAAGCGGCGGUCCGGCGAUGCCACGCGGCGGCAGUCCAUUCCAAACGAAUGGCUGGCCGCAGACACACCAUCUUCCUUUGUCCUUCCCGCCGCCACAACCACCGGUUCAACGUCCGAUCGCGGCGCUAGAAGACUCGAUGAAACAAACCCCCCUCCCCUCGUCCUCUCCACGAAAACCAUCCCGGCCAAGGCGUCGCUCACCAAAAUACCCCCCCCCACCUCCCCCGUGUCUCCGUCCAACAAGCCGCACCGCCACCCCCCCUGCGGUCGAAAGCACGUCCGCGCGCAGCUGCGGCGGGCAUUUGAGCACCGAGCAGAGUAUCUGGAGCGGGGGAUCGGCGGUCUGGUCGUGUGGGCCAAUGAGAGGGACAUUGGGUCGCUGAUUGCGUACACGCUCGUGUCGCCCAAGUACGUGGACCAGCUGCAGGAGUGCUGCAAAGCCAUUUCCGUGCUGCACGAACUCCAAGGCAAAAUGACACUGCGCACGCCGCCCACAUACCGCGAAAUCAAAAACCCCGCGACGCACCACUUCAAGUGCCACUUUGUACUCGACACGUACUCGACUAGUACCAGCAGCAGCCACCCGCCCACGACGACCAAGGAUGGCGACGCCACGACCAGACACUCGGACGGAUCAGCCGCGCCAGGGGGGACGGCGGACGACGACGCGGUCACAUCUGUGACAGUGUACUUUGCCCCGCAAUUCCACUGCCUGCGCCAAGUCACCGAGCCCGGCAACACUGGCUUUUUGAACGCGAUUGCCAAAAGCGCACCGUGGGAAACGUCUGGCGGCAAGUCUGGCGCGUUCUUCUCGCUGUCGCACGACCAGCAGUUUGUGCUCAAAGGUGUGGCGGCGACGGAAUUCAACAUGUUUGUCGAGUUUGCACCGGCGUACUUUGAGUACAUGGCGACGGUGGCAGAGUCCAAAGCCGACUCGUGUCUGGCCAAGAUCCUCGGCGCGUACAAGAUCCAACUGCACGGCCACGCCAAGCCCAUGUUUGUGUUUGUGAUGGAGUGUUCGAUCUUUGGCUUUGACUUGACGCAACUGUACGACCUCAAGGGCGUGCGCCGAAAUCGCACCGUGGAUCGGCCAGUUGUGUACAAGAAGGUCCUUCCAGACGAGAACUUUGUCGACCGGGUACCCGUCCACGUCCGUCCGCAAGACUUGACGCGGUUCCUCGAUGCCCUUUCGGCCGAUGUGACGAUGCUCAGCGCCAAUGGCGUCAUCGACUACUCGCUCUUGCUCGCGUUUGACGACGCGUCGCUGUCCAUCCGUGGGGCGCUGAUCGAUUACGUCCACCAGUUCGACUUUAUCAAGCGCGUCGAGUCUGGCGCGAAAAAGAUGUACCAGUCGCCGACGGUGCUGCCUCCGAUUCCAUACAAAGUGCGGUUCCUCGAAGCCAUGAACUGCAAUUUCAACAGCCGACACGACCAGCCGCGGGUCGACACGCCCAACGAGGUCGGUCCUCCUACUCCAGGCAAAGUCCAGCGAAGUCAGUCCGACAUUAUCACGACGACGUCAUCGCAUGAGACUGUAGCCAAUGGCAUCCGCCCCAGGUCGGUCAGCGACGCUGGCAGCCACGCUGGCCCGAGGACCGUGUCGCUCGUGUCCAUCGUUGAAUAAGUUGUUCCAAGACUAGUGUUAUGCUGGUGCCCAACGGUGUGUCUGUACUAAUAGUAUUUCUACGAGUAUACUACGUGGAACUAGUACUACUAGUACUACUAAAGCUUGGGGGAUAUACGGACCAAAGGGCAAUCUUGUGGUCUUUCGACGCUGACGCGAGCCAGUCGCCGUCGUGGGAAAAGCC